AUGACCGGAAAUUCCACCAGCUCAAUGUCGCUGCACUACCCGCAGGCCGUUUUCGCCCAAGCGAGGUCUGGUGGGAAUCCGUCUCAACCAGUCCUUGGCCCGCAAGCUGUGUAUGGGAUGCGCUACAGCAACGUUCCGUUUCAGCUAGGUCAACACCCAUCUCAUAUCCAGAUCUGGGAUACACGACCGACCACAACCGAUGAUGUCUUACGCCAGCCAACUGCAACCCAUAGCCGGAGAUACUUAUUCCCAAUUUGCAGCCCCAAGUUAUAA